AUGGCCAGUGGGAAAGUCUUAGAGGAGACUUAUCUGAAAUGGGUCCAAUACAAAGAAGACUGUGUCAAAAUGAUAGAGAGAGAACCGCUCCCUCAAGGCUUGUUCUGUAACCGGACAUUUGACAGAUAUGCCUGCUGGCCAGAUACUCCUGCCGGCUCUGUGGUCAACAUCUCAUGUCCUUUCUACCUGCCCUGGUAUGACAAAGUGUCCCAGGGUGUCGUGCGUCGACUGUGUGGCACUGAUGGCCUCUGGGUGAGAGACGACAUUGGAGAGGUGUGGAGAGACAUGACCGAGUGUGAGGAAGAGAAAGAGGUCACGUCUCAGGAGCUGUGGUUCAAAGAACUGAUGGUGAGCUUCAGGAUGUUGUACACUGUCGGCCAUUCCUUGUCCCUCUUCACACUCGUGACUGCUCUUAUCAUUCUUCUGAGCUUUAGGAAACUACAUUGCACCAGGAACUACAUUCAUGCUAACCUCUUCCUGUCCUUCAUACUGCGAGCUGUAUCUGUCAUUAUCAAAGACACCAUGCUGGACCGCCACUGGGGACGAGAAAUCAUGAAACAGACCGAUGUGAGUGAGAUGCUCAGUCACCAGGCUGCUAUUGGCUGCAGGGUAGCACAGGUAAUGAUGCAGUACUGUGUCCUGGCCAAUCACUACUGGUUCUUUGGAGAGGCAAUUUAUUUGUACUCUGUGCUUAUUGCCUCAGUGUUCAUCGACAACAACAAAUACUUACCUUACAUCUGUCUUGGCUGGGGAUCUCCACUUCUAUUUGUGGUUCCCUGGGUAGUGAUGAAGCAAUUGAAAGAAAACAAAGAGUGUUGGGCUGUCAAUGAGAACAUGAACUACUGGUGGAUCAUUCGUUUCCCAAUUCUUUUUGCUUCAAUAAUCAACUUUCUGAUAUUCAUGAAGGUGCUGAGGGUCAUUUUUUCCAAAUUACGAGCCAGCAACCAGACAGGAGACCCUGAUUACAAACUUCGGCUUGCCAAGGCAACCCUUACCCUCAUCCCUCUGUUUGGGGUUCACGAGGUCAUAUUCAUCUUUGCAACAGAUGAGCAGACAACAGGUGUUCUGCGCUACGUUAAAGUCUUCUUCACCCUUUUUCUCAAUUCGUUUCAGGGCUUUCUGGUGGCUGUGCUCUACUGCUAUGCCAAUAAAGAGGUUAGGACCGAGCUGAAGAGAAAAUUACGCAGCUGGAGGAUAGAGGCCCAGAUUGUAUGCUGUGGACAGUGACUAACCGUCCUUGACUCCCGAGUAGACACUUUCUCCAUCGCCACGGCGCCAGAGCGCAACAGAUC